AUGCCAAAUUUCACUGACGUGACAGAAUUUAUCCUUCUAGGCUUGACUAGUCGUCCUGAGCUGCAGCUCCUCUUCUUUGUGGUUUUCUUGAUGGUCUACAUUGUCACUCUGCUUGGCAACAUUGGGAUGAUCAUUCCAAUCAGAAUCAGCCCUCAGCUCAGCAGUCCUAUGUAUUUUUUCCUUGGUCACCUGUCCUUUGCAGAUGUGUGGUUCUCUUCUAAUGUCACACCCAAAAUGUUGGAAAAUCUAGUAUCUGCAGUGAAAACCAUUUCUUACUCCGGGUGCAUAGUGCAAUGUUUCUUUUUCAUUGCCUUUGUGCAUGUGGAAGUUUUUAUCUUGGCAGUGAUGGCCUUUGACAGGUACAUGGCAAUCGGCAAUCCUCUGCUCUACAGCAGCAGAAUGUCGCGGACUGUGUGCAUGAGACUAAUCUCCUUCCCUUACAUCUACGGCUUCUUUAUCAGUUUGAUCUCAACCUUGUGGACUCAUGGUUUGUACUUCUGUGGGAACAAUGAGAUCAACCACUUCUACUGUGCAGACCCAGCUCUCAUCAAGAUGGCCUGUGCAGGGACCUUCGUUAAAGAAUACACCAUGUGCACCUUAGCAGGCCUCAACUUCUCUUAUUCCUUAUUGGUCAUUGUUGUCUCCUACAUAUUCAUUCUGAUCGCCAUCAUAAAGAUGCGCUCGGCAGAAGGGAGGAAAAAAGCCUUUUCCACGUGUGGCUCCCACUUGACAGCUGUCACCAUAUUUUAUGGAACUCUCUUCUUCAUGUAUCUAGAAGAAUCUGUGGAGCAGGGGAAGAUGGUGGCUGUGUUUUACACCACAGUCAUUCCUAUGUUGAAUCCCAUGAUUUACAGUCUUAGGAACAAGGAUGUCAAGGAAGCCAUGACCAAGGCUAUCAACAGAGCAAUUUUAGAAAAGUAG